CGCAUCCGUAGUCGUGACGACACGCCCGGCGCUCCGCCAGAUGACAUCUUCCAUUGGGCUGCUUCCGCAUACAAGGUGUAACCUACUAUCUUGGAGUAACAUAUAGAACCUCCUUUUCGCAUACAUCCCGGAUCAGCCCCACAAACCAUCACCACCGCCACCACCCGUGUCAUGCCACCCAGACCAUCGUCGUUAUUCGCUGCCACCCAACGAGCAUCCAGAUCAGCAACCAAACGCAACAACGUCCCAUUCUCAUCAAGAACCAUGUCAUCAACAGGCACCCCAUCAGGGACCGCCCAGGCCCAGGCCCAGGCCUCAGCAGACACCACUGCCACCGCGCCCUCCUUCUCAUCCAUCGGCAUCAAGAGGACGACAAUCGAGACCGCCCCGGGCGUGACCCUCUCCGAGCACCAAAAGGUCCUCGUCGGCUCAGUCCUGGAUCUCUUCGAAGGCAACCCGACCCUAAAGCACUUCACCCUGUGGGAGAAAGACGCCACCUUCGCGGACAACAUCACCGUCGCGCAGGGGCACGCAAGGUACACGGCGCAGUUCUACGGCCUGCCCGCGCUCUUCAGCCCCAUCCGGCUGCAGUCGCACCGCGUCACGUCCGCGGGGGACCCGGGGCCCAUCGAGGUGGACAUGAGCAACAAGUACGUCGUGAAGGGCAUCAGGGCCGAGAAGGUCAUGAACUCCGUCGUGCGGAUCCACGUCGGCGCCGGCGGGCGCAUCGCGCGCGUCGAGGACCGCUGGGGCGGCGAGCUGCCCUCGGGCGCCGUCAGUGAUGUGAGUGGCAACCUGAUGAAUCCCCGGACCUGGGGCCCCCUGGCGGCCGCGCGCUGGGCCGUGCGGGCCGGGGGCGACGCCGCCUGGUGGGCGUUCUGUGCGUGCUGCUGGUGGUCGCCGUUCCUGGCCUUCCGGAAGUUGAACGCCGUGACGGUGCCGGCUUUGGUCAAGGUCCCCAAGACUGAGGAGGAGGAUAUGAUGAUGAAGGCUGAGAGGGAGAAGCAGUAGGCAAUGCAGGGGGUUUUGACGGUGGCGGUGUGGUUAAUUUGGAAUCGCUAAUACACAAUCGGUGGUUCGUUUCUAGGUGGUGGUUUCGUUUCUAAUCCCAGUCAUAUAAAAUUGUAUCUGACAUCCUCAUGCAGUGCAAGAGCAAUGAAUCAUUUGGUUGUUCAUGCGUACUACUCCUCUCAACUUAGGGUAGCUUACUCCGUG